AUGAUCACCGACGAAAUUCGCUUCAGUAUUAUCGAUGCUGUCUAUCUACGACCUGGCAUCUGGGACUGUCAGAGGGAGAAAACUGUUGGUCCUUCAAGGAAAGAACUUUUUGUAGAGGUCACAAACUUGAUAAAUCAACAGAAUCAGCUCGAUCCGCAGAUGUCCACGCCUGAAGAAGUGGAGAAACAGUGGAAGAAUCUAAAAGACACUUACGUGAAGACAAGGAAGAAG